CUUGCUAUGGCCUUGUGUUGGAGAACACCUAAAUCCUUGUCAGCGCUUAUCUCCUGACCAGCUGGUCGAUGGAUCCGGAAGAUGGCCGGAGCCCGGGAAGAUCGGGUCGAGCAUCCUUGGAGAUUGGACGAAUCCGUAGCAGCCAGGCCUCCAGUGUCAGCCCCCACCGGCGGUCCUUCGUCCAGCACGCCUUGUCCGAGAUGGCAGAGCAAGCCUUAAGCUCGGCGGUGAAGGUGAUCGAGACCAAGAAAGAAUGGGCAACGAGGCAGAAGUUGGCAGACUCGGAGCGCUUCCAUACCACUGCUGCAUACCCUUUGCAUCAUCUUUGGAGACAACCACGCUUGCGUCACAACCCCGACCAUCCGGAGGAGCAUGGGGAGAUGCACGAGCAUUGGAUUGAGCUGUUUAAUGAUCUCAUCAUGGUGGCCAUGCUAUCCAAUCUGAGCCACACCUUCGAGGUUGGUGGUCAAACUUUCACCAACUACGGCUUAUGUGUGGUCCUGUGGGUGGUGAUGAUGCAGUCGGUCCAUUUUGUCUCAUACGUCGUCAAUGUGUGGCAGGUGGAUGACUUUGUACUGCUGAUUUGCUGUUUUUUGGUCACCACUGGCACUAUGUUGAUGUCUUCUGGAAUGAAGACUGAUGCUCAUCCACCUUGCAUUGCAUCGUGGCAUGAGAAUGAGAAGUAUGUCAACAGGUUUCAGAACGGCAUGAUGCUCAGUGCUGGGGCUCAAUUGGUUGUCCUUGCACAAGCUUCAUUCUUUGAACCGCGUGCGCGAUCUCAUGCUGUGGUUAUGGCAUGCGGAAACCUUUUGAGAUUGCUGAUCCUACUGCUGGUGCCAGGGCUCACGAAAUAUGUGUUCAUGGCUGUCGUUGUGGUCUUGGUGUAUUUUGCCUUGUGGAACUACACCAGCAUUUUGUCACUUCUGGACUUAAAUCACCUGCGAGCGCGCAUGGACCUCAUGGUCCUCGUUUCUCUUGGAGAGUGGGUCAUCACCACCAUCCUGCGGGAGUACCAGAUGAGCGCUGUGGUGGCCCAGACUGCGCUUGACCUGAUGCUGGCUGCUGAGUACUUCAACACUCGACAACAUGGACAUGAUGCAGUCUUGGCGAUGUCAGCAAGAACCCCGCUGGCCUUGCUUCGGCUUGAGUCUGUGGAGCUUUUCUUGUUGCAAAGUCUAGCCCUGUGCUUGUUCUUUUUUCCAGCGACCUUCACAGUGGCGACGGAAUUUGAGAACCAGCACCCGACGGAUUCGGAGACGGGUCGCCGCUUGGGAGGUGGAGACGAUGACGGUGGUCACGGGCAUGCGCCACAUGCGCCUUGCAAUGUCGACAAGACCUGGACUCUAUCUGCAUUGCGGAUGCACACUGCUACGAUCUUGUGCAUCGUUCGAUUCCUCCUCCUUUUCCUGCGGCACGUCCGAAAAUGCAAAAUUGCUGAGAUUCCCAAGCCUGGAAAGAAGUUCUACGUUCGCUGUGCACUGUGCCUGGUGCAUGUGGCAAUACCGCUUGCUGGAGAACUGGGCUGGAGCUCGUAUUUGGCCAAUAUUUCAAUCGAAUCGCUGUUGGGCUUGCAUGCUGUCGUGGUCUUUGCAGAUGUGGUUGCGGAGUUGUCACUCCAUCAAAUUGCUAACUCAACAACGCGCUGUGCGCUGUGCUGUCCCAGGUGCGACGCGUCGUUCGAAUUGGAGAAGCGGUACGUCGGAACACUGCCCUUGCUGCCAGCGCCUCUUGAGAUGCUUUACAUUGCCAACACGAAGGAACAUUGCUGCAACAGACAGCCAGGAGAGUUGGAAGGAAAUAGAAGUUAUUAACUAAUUAGGGUUGGAGAGCCAACCUUCAUUAUUCAAGCCAUGAUGAGCCCUGAACGAUCGAAAGCCGGGCCUAGCACAUGCAUAGUACCUUUAGCUUAGUAGUAAGAUAUCCAGAGCGGGCCACAAAGUUUGGCUCUGCCAGUUCGCGACAUCAAAGCCAUGUCGCAUAAUGCCAGUGGUUCCACUGGCAAAUAGGAAUUGCAGCUGGAGGUUUUGCAAACAGGGAGCUUGUAAGAAUUGUUUUUGGUG